GCAUUACAACAGCACAAUGGACUAUUAGCAAAACACAGCCACAGUCCAAUGCUCCUCUCACUCCACUUAUAGAGAGAGAAAGAGAAACACAUACACAAACCCAUGCACUAAUAACAAAAUAACACAACACCCCCGAUUCGAUCAUUCGUUUGUUUACUUACAUCGUUCAUUGUUGUUGUUGUUGUUGUGUCGGUGACAUUGUUCGAGUUAAAAUGAGUAUGUACGGUAGAGAUCCAUGGGGUGGCCCGUUGGAGAUCAAUGCGACGGACUCCGCCACCGACGAAGAUCGUAGCCGGAAUCUUCAGGACCUCGACAGGGCGGCGCUGUCACGUCCUCUCGACGAGACGCAGCAGAGUUGGCUUCUGGGUCCCGGCGAACAGAAGAAGAAGAAGUACGUUGAUCUUGGUUGCAUCAUCGUUAGCCGCAAGAUCUUCGUUUGGACCCUCGGCACCGUUCUCUUCUCUGCUUUCCUCGCCGGUUUCAUCGCUCUGAUCGUUAACACCGUCCCUCGCCACCACCAUAAACACCCUCCUCCUGAUAACUACACCCUCGCACUCCACAAGGCUCUCAUGUUCUUCAACGCCCAAAGAUCUGGGAAACUUCCUAAACAUAACAAUGUUUCUUGGAGGGGGAACUCGUGCUUGCAAGAUGGGAAAUCUUCUGACACCUCAUCGGCUAUUAAGGAUUUGGUGGGUGGGUACUAUGAUGCUGGGGAUGCUAUUAAGUUUAAUUUCCCUGCUUCUUUUGCCAUUACCAUGUUGAGUUGGAGUGUGAUUGAGUAUAGUGCUAAGUAUGAGGCUGCUGGGGAGCUUGAUCAUGUUAAGGAGAUUAUUAAAUGGGGUACUGAUUAUUUUCUCAAGACAUUCAAUAAUACUGCUGAUACCAUCACCACCCUUGCUGCUCAGGUUGGGGUUGGAGAUACUUCUGGAGGGAGUACAACUCCUAAUGAUCACUAUUGUUGGAUGCGUCCAGAGGAUAUUGACUAUGAUCGCCCUGUGACUGAAUGCCACAGCUGUUCGGAUCUUGCUGCUGAGAUGGCUGCUGCUUUGGCUUCUGCAUCCAUUGUGUUCAAAGACAACAAGGCUUAUUCAAAGAAACUGGUUCACGGUGCAACCACACUCUUCAAGUUUUCCAGGGAGCAGAGAGGCAGGUACAGUGCAGGUAGUUCGGAGGCUGCAAUAUUUUACAACUCUACUAGCUACUGGGAUGAGUAUGUUUGGGGUGGAGCUUGGAUGUACUUUGCAACGGGAAAUUCUUCGUAUCUUAAGCUUGCUACUGCUCCUGGCCUGGCCAAGCAUGCUGGUGCAUUCUGGGGUGGCCCUGAUUAUGGGGUGAUGAGCUGGGAUAACAAGCUUGCUGGUGCUCAGGUUCUUCUGAGUCGUUUGAGGUUGUUCUUGAGUCCUGGAUAUCCAUAUGAAGAAAUUUUAAGAACCUUUCACAAUCAGACCAGCAUAGUCAUGUGCUCUUACCUACCAGUUUUCACAAGCUUUAAUAGAACAAAAGGAGGGUUGAUUCAAUUGAACCACGGUAGGCCACAGCCUCUCCAAUAUGUUGUCAAUGCUGCCUUUUUGGCUGCCCUAUACAGUGAUUAUCUUGAUGCUGCUGAUACACCUGGAUGGUAUUGUGGACCUAAUUUCUUUUCAACUGAUGUUCUCCGUGACUUUGCCAAGACUCAGAUUGAUUAUAUCCUUGGGAAGAAUCCUAAGCAAAUGAGCUAUAUCGUUGGUUUUGGUAAUCAUUAUCCAAAACAUGUUCACCAUAGAGGAGCUUCUAUACCAAAGAACAGGGUUAAGUAUAGCUGUAAAGGUGGAUGGAAAUGGAGAGAUUCAUCAAAGCCAAACCCAAAUACACUUGUUGGUGCCAUGGUUGCUGGUCCUGACAAACAUGAUGGUUUCCAUGAUGUUCGCACAAACUACAAUUACACAGAGCCAACUCUUGCUGGAAAUGCUGGUUUAGUUGCCGCAUUAGUGGCAUUGUCAGGCGACAAAAGCACCUCCAUUGACAAAAACACCCUUUUCUCUGCUGUGCCGCCAAUGUUUCCUACACCACCUCCACCUCCAGCACCUUGGAAACCAUAAGGCACCAUGACAUUGGUUAUUUCUUUCCAGCAAGUACCGCAGAUGACUUGAGUGCAUUGAUAACUCUUGUUAUUUUGUAUCAACUAGAAGAUCAAGGUAAUUUUGAGGAAAAGGGCUUGGAGAAAUGGAAGUAACGGAGCUUUGCCUGGUGAAUCUAGUUGGCUGGAGUCAAUGAUCGACUCAAGAUUAGCAUUAAGAAUUGAUAAAAUGGUACUUGAGUGUCUCUUUUUGAAUUUUGUGAUAUACAUAGUAUAUAUAUAUAUCAAAAUGAAAUCUUGUAUUCUUUAAACGUGAAAACUGAACAGCUUGUAAUUGUUUGACAGUUUCAUCUAAUGCCUUUACAGUUUUACUCAAAAAAUUUCUUUCCUUCUAUCUCUAUUCUUUCAAUCUUUGUUUCUCCUUAAGCCCUGGUUCCCUCUUUUCUUCAUUCUAGUUUGUAACAUAGCCAUUAAGUUGUUCUAACGGCUGUGCUAGCAGAUCUAUGCAUGUACAAGCAUAAUUGUAGCUGCUAGAAAUCAAUCAUCCUAAAAUAACCAUGGUUUUUAUAUAUUGCUUUGAACAAUGUAAAUAGACAAGUAUACUCAAAAAUAAAGAGACAAGGAAUACGCCACUCACUGGAAUGACAAUACUGCUCAUUGGUGCUGCCCUUUCUCAGCAAAAGUUAAAAAACAAUGCAAUGUGGAUGUGUAAGGUGUUCAAGUUUGGUUUAUGGAAAACAAAGGUGUGAAACAAACUUCUGCUUUAUUAGUCAAUCUUGCACGCUACACGUGACCAGCACUUUGAAUCUGGUUCCAUCUUUUAUGCCAACUUCAUUUAGCUGCUGGAUACCUUGAUGACUUGGGAAACAUUCCUUGCUUGCAUCGGUAUGCAUUAACUCUGCACUCUGCAGAAUAUCGUUUCCUUAACUACCAUCACUUUCAGGCUUAAGUUUAAAUUAAACAGAAAGAAUUGUCAUCAAAUUAUCAAACUGUAUUGCUAACAAAAGUACAAAAGAACAUGGCACAAGAACUGAACGAGUCCCUGGAAUAUACACCAACAUGGAUUGUUGCGGUUGUUUGCUCCAUCAUUGUUUUCGUCUCUCUCUGUGUCGAACGUUCUCUUCACUCGCUUGGAAAGGUGAACCAUCAUAUAUAUUUAGUUUCAAGUUUAUGGGAUUGAGGUUUUAGAGCCUUUGAGAACCCAAAGCCAUUUUGUUCUGUUUAAGAGAGUUAUAGCAUGUUUAGAUUUACUUCAACACUACUAAUUAUAGUUUUUGCAUUAGAUUCACGUUUGUGGCAUUUCCAACCUAUUUCCAAACGCACACUUGGUGUUAUUUUUGUUAAGUAAUUUCUUAUUUGUAUGACUUACUUUG